GGGCUUUUCCCCCUUCCCCGCGCCCAGCCGGGGCUCGGCGGGAUGCUGGGAUCGGCUGGGACGUGGGAAACCGCCGCUGGAGCCCCAUGAAGUGAGGCCGUUCCCUCCGGCCCCGUUAUCCUCCAGGCAGAGGAGGCAGCGGCAGCAUGGCCCAGGGCAGGAGGCACGCGUACAGCCGGGCCCCCAGCUCCGGCGGCAGGAUGAGUGCCGAGGGCAGCAGCCGGCCCCUCAAGGUGGGCUCCCGCGUGGAGGUCAUCGGCAAGGGGCACCGCGGCACCGUGGCCUACGUGGGCGCCACGCUCUUCGCCACCGGCAAGUGGGUGGGGGUGAUCCUGGACGAGGCGAAGGGCAAGAACGACGGCACGGUGCAGGGCAGGAGGUACUUCACCUGCGACGAGAACCACGGCAUCUUCGUGCGCCAGUCCCAGAUCCAGGUGUUUGAAGAUGGAGCUGACACAACCUCCCCAGAGACCCCGGAAUCUGCUGCCCUGAAGGUCCCCAAGAGAGACUCCAUGGACGCCACCAAAGGCAGCAAACUGCCCACCCGGACCCCCAGCUCCGCCGCGUCCAGCGGCACGGCUGGACCCUCGGGCUCGGCCUCGGCCUCGGGGGGGGAGAUGAGCAGCAGCGAGCCCAGCACCCCCGCGCAGACCCCGCUGGUGGCACCCAUCAUCCCCUCGCCCAGCCUGGCCUCGCCGCUCGCGCCCCCCGUCCCAUCACCCACAAAGGAGGAGGAGAACCUGCGGGCUCAGGUCCGGGACCUGGAGGAGAAGCUGGAGACGCUGAAGAUAAAGCGCAACGAAGACAAGGCCAAGCUCAAGGAGCUGGAGAAGUACAAGAUCCAGCUGGAGCAGGUGCAGGAGUGGAAGAGCAAGAUGCAGGAGCAGCAGGCUGAGCUCCAGAGGCGUCUGAAGGAGGCCAAGAAGGAAGCCAAGGAUGCUCUGGAGGCCAAGGAGCGCUACAUGGAGGAGAUGGCAGACACUGCUGACGCCAUCGAGAUGGCCACCCUGGACAAGGAGAUGGCAGAGGAGCGGGCAGAGUCCCUGCAGCAGGAGGUGGACUCCCUCAAGGAGAAGGUGGAAUACCUCACCAUGGACCUGGAGAUCCUGAAGCACGAGAUUGAGGAGAAAGGCUCGGACGGAGCAGCCUCCAGUUACCAGGUGAAGCAGCUGGAGGAGCAGAACGCCCGGCUCAAGGAGGCUCUGGUGAGGAUGCGGGACUUGUCUGCCUCCGAGAAGCAGGAGCACGUGAAGCUGCAGAAGCAAAUGGAGAAGAAGAACACGGAGCUGGAGUCGCUGCGGCAGCAGAGGGAGAAGCUGCAGGAGGAGGUGAAGCAGGCGGAGAAGACGGUCGAUGAGCUGAAGGAGCAGGUGGAUGCUGCUCUGGGAGCUGAGGAGAUGGUGGAGACACUGACGGAGAGAAACCUGGACCUGGAGGAGAAGGUCCGGGAGCUGCGCGAGACCGUCGGGGACCUGGAGGCCAUGAACGAGAUGAACGACGAGCUGCAGGAGAACGCGCGGGAGACGGAGCUGGAGCUGCGGGAGCAGCUGGACCUGGCGGCGGCGCGGGUGCGCCAGGCCGAGCGCCGCGUCGAGGCCGCGCAGGAGACCCUGGCCGACUACCAGCAAACCAUCAGCAAGUACCGGCAGCUCACGGCGCACCUGCAGGACGUGAACCGGGAGCUCAUGAGCCAGCAGGAAGCCUCUGCCGAGAAGCAGCAGCAGCCUCCGCCCGAGAUGUUCGACUUCAAGAUCAAGUUUGCAGAGACAAAGGCUCACGCCAAGGCCAUCGAGAUGGAGCUGCGGCAGAUGGAGGUGCAGCAGGCCAACCGCCACGUCUCCCUGCUCACCUCCUUCAUGCCCGACAGCUUCCUGCGCCACGGCGGCGACCACGACUGCGUCCUGGUGCUGCUGCUCAUCCCGCGCCUCAUCUGCAAGGCGGAGCUCAUCAGCAAACAGGCGCAGGAGCGCUUCGAGCUGAGCGAGAGCUGCGCGGAGCGCGCGGGGCUGCGCGGGGCUGCAGGGGAGCAGCUGAGCUUCGCCGCGGGGCUCGUGUACUCGCUGAGCCUGCUGCAGGCCACGCUGCACCGCUACGAGCAGGCCCUCAACAAGUGCACUGUGGAGGUGUACAAGAAGGUGGGGACCCUGUACCCCGAGAUGAGCGUCCACGAGCGCUCGCUGGACUUCCUCAUCGACCUGCUGCACAAGGACCAGCUGGAUGAGACCGUCAACGUGGAGCCGCUCACCAAGGCCAUCAAGUACUACCAGCAUCUCUACAGCAUCCACCUGUCUGACCAGGCUGAGGACUGCACCAUGCAGCUGGCUGACCACAUCAAGUUCACACAGAGCGCCCUGGACUGCAUGGGUGUGGAGCUGUGCCGCCUGCGCGCCUUCCUGCAGGGCGGGCAGGAGGCCUCCGACCUCGCCAUCCUGCUCAAGGACCUGGAGACCUCCUGCAGCGACGUGCGCCAGUUCUGCAAGAAGAUCCGGCGCCGCAUGCCCGGCACCGAGGCCCCCGGCAUCCCCGCGGCGCUGGGCUUCGGGCCGGCGGUCUCGGACACGCUGCUCGAGUGCCGCAAGCACCUCACGUGGGUGGUGGCCGUGCUGCAGGAGGUGGCAGCCGCCGGCGCGCAGCUCCUGGCGCCGCUGGCCGAGAACGAGGGGCUGCCGGCGCUGCGGCUCGAGGACCUGGCCUUCAAAGCGAGCGAGCAGAUCUACGGCGCCCAGGGCAUCAACCCCUACGAGUGCCUGCGCCAGUCCUGCAGCAUCCUCAUCGCCACCAUGAACAAGAUGGCCACGGCCAUGCAGGAGGGCGAGUACGACGCCGACAGGCCCCAGACCAAGGCCACCCCCCCCGCCGAGCUGCGGGCGGCAGCGCUCCGCGCAGAGAUCACCGACGCCGAGGGGCUGGGGCUGAAGCUGGAGGACAGGGAGACGGUCAUCAAGGAGCUGAAGAAGUCCCUCAAGAUCAAGGGCGAGGAGCUCAGCGAGGCCAACGUGCGGCUCAGCCUGCUGGAGAAGAAGCUGGACAGCGCCUCCAAGGACGCCGAUGACCGCGUGGAGAAGAUCCAGACCAAGCUGGAUGAGACCCAGACCCUGCUCAAGAAGAAAGAGAAGGAGUUCGAGGAGACCAUGGACGCUCUGCAGGCCGACAUUGACCAGCUGGAGUCGGAGAAGGUGGAGCUGAAGCAGCGCUUGAACAACCAGUCCAAGAGGACCAUCGAGGGCCUGCGCGGUGCCCCGGCCUCCGGCGUCGCCUCCAUCGUGUCCGGCAUUGCCGGAGAGGAGCCGCAGCGAGGUGCCGGUGCCGGGCAGGCGCCAGGAGGUGGCUCAGGACCUGUCCAGGUGAAGGAUUCGCCCCUUCUCCUCCAGCAAAUCGAUGCUCUGCAGCUUUCCAUCAAGCACCUCAAGAACGAGAACAACCAGCUCAAGGGGAUGCGGAUGCGGAUGGAGCUGGCCAGCCUGCCGCCGCUGCAGGUGCCCAAGGUGUCUGUGGCCAGGAGCAAGCAGGGGGAGGGCCUGGCCACGCAGCAGCUCUACCGCCAGAGCAGCCAGCUCCUGGAGACCCUCUACCAGAUGAGCGCCAACGCCAAGGUGGUGGACGUGAAGCAGGCCAAGUCCGCGCGGAGCUCGGCGGCGCGGCUGCUGGAGCACACGGCCCGGCUCUGCGCCCUCAGCAACGCCAUCGACAGCCUCAAGGCUGACACCCUGCGGGAGGUGGUGCAGCAGCAGCCGGGGGCCAGCGCCCAGAGCAGCUUCGGCCUCUUCCCGACCCCGGCCUUCCUCAAGGCCAAGCAGGAGCAGGAGCAGGGCCUCGCCUACUACGGCAAAGUGACCUUCCCGGGCCCCGCGGGGCAGGGCCGCGCGCACCGCCUGCUGCUCACCCCGGAGCUGCUGCGGGAGCUGCGCAGCCGCCUCGGCUCCUGAACCGGGACCGGGACCGGGACCCCC